CGAAGAAAAUGUUUGGAAGCUUUGUGACUACAUCAGGAGUCAGGAUCGGUACCCUUUAGAAGAAUUUUACGCUGUUUUCAUAUCCAAUGAUAAGAGGAUGAUUCCACUCUGGAAGCAGAAGUCUGGACAUGGAGAUGAGCCUGUUGUCUGGGACUACCACGUUAUUCUGCUUCAUCUUUGCAGCGGGGAGCAGAGCUUCAUUUAUGAUCUGGACACAGUGUUGCCCUUUCCCUGUCCUUUCCAUGUGUACAGUGUGGAGGCCUUCAGGUUGGAUGACAGCCUGCGGCCGGAGUUUCACAGGAAAAUCAGAAUGGUUCGAGCAGAUUUGUACUUGAAGACAUUUGCUUCAGACAGAUCUCACAUGAAGGAUGCAAAUGGGAAAUGGCAGAAGCCUCCUCCUCCCUACCCUUGCAUUGAAACUGCAGAUUCCAAGAUGAACUUGGAUGAUUUCAUCAGUAUGAAUCCCGAAGUGGGAUGGGGCUCAGUGUUCUCCCUUUCAGACUUUGUGCAUCGAUUUGGCAGUCAGACUGAUUACAGCUAUGCUUUGGAAGGACAGUGAAGUGAGCAGAGUUCCUCUGGCUCUGAGUGGAUGUGUUUUGUUUUGCUGCUCUUACAUUGUAUUUAUGGUUUACAUUUCUGUACAUGCAAUAGGUAUUUGGAAAAAUGGAACACCCAGAGAGAAAUGUCAUUAACUGAAUAAAAAUCUUUAUUUUAAUUA